GCAGAAUAAACUAAAAUCUAAACAAUUAUAUACAAUUGGAAAAUGAAUCGUGGAGCAGGUAUACGUGGCCAGCCCUUAUUUGCAUGAUUGCAUUGUAUUUCUCAUGCAAUCAAAAAUUGUAUACGUGGGCUAUUGCUUAUCAGUGAGGGGUUUUCAAUGUUUGUGCUGUGUGUAUUUUAACCACGGCAACACAUUUGUUUUCCUAUUAUCUUAUCAACAAAUUAUUUAAUUUAUAUACUUUUAUCGUUUAGCAGUAUUAUAAUCUGACAUGGUUUUUACAAAUACAUUUGCAAACAUGGAUAAGCACAAACACACGCACGCACGCAUGCACACGAACGCAAACAAUCAUAUACAUUUACAAACCAACAGUUUAGAAUAAAAACAUGCUCGACACUUAUUUCACUCGUUUUUUAGGGAACUGGUUUAGCACAAUGUUCAAAGGGCUCCUUGGUGACGAUAAGGAGGUACAAAUCCUAAUCAUAGGACUUGAAUUUGUAGGAAAUACCACAAUGCUUUACCGACUGCAAGUAGGCAAACUGGUCUCAACGAUCCCGACAAUUGGGGCUAUUUUGGAAACGAUAUCAUACAAGAACAUCAAGUUCAAAACGUGUAAUUUUUGCAGCCAACCAAAAUUCAAUCUAAUCUGCGAUAGAAAUAUAAUUGGCAUGUCAAAGGAUGAGCUGGGCACUGAUGACUUGAAAGAUGCAGUGCUUUUGGUAUUUGCUAACAAGAAGGCCAGAGAAGGGGCUAUGGAUGUUGCUGGGGUAGCCGAGGCAUUAAGACUGCCAAAUUUGAAGAACAGACACGCGCUGAAGAGUGAAGGAUUGUACAGGGGAUUAGACUGGCUAGCCAAUACUAUCCAAGCAAAGUAA